AGACUUCGCUGCACCAUUUUUCUUGCGUGAGGCUUUUUGUCUGCAUCGAAAGAGCUGGUUUUGUAUUUGUGUGGGGGAGUCGCCUCGGAAGACUGAUCCUUGCGAGGUUGUUGAGAGCACGACCGAUCUCAAUCUGGCAAGUAAAGCGGGGAGUCGAGCAAAGCUGAUUUUUUUUCUUCAUAUUUUCACUAAACCAUGUCUACUGAUAGCUUGAAGAACGUCGUUGAACGUCUGGAAAGCGUUGCUUCUAAACUAGAGAAGAUAGAGCACGGUGUUUCCAACCUGUCCCUCGCUGGGGUGGUGGGUUCGCAGGACCCGAGCGAUAUUCACGAUGUGGCACCGUCGAUCACCGCGUUCGACGAAAUUGUGAAGCAGAAUUUGAAGAAGUACUAUGAGGUAUCCGAAAAGAUUGGCGGCCUGGUGCGCGAUCAAUCCAAGCUGUUUGAGCAGUUGGUUACCGAGCACCGCAACCUGAUAUUGAUUGCGAGCAAGAGCAAGAAGUCGCCAGAGAGCUUGCCGGACAUUAGCCGGAAGCAGAUAGAGUUGACGGUGAAGAUAGUCAAGAUGACGGCGGACAACAGAUCUUCGCCGUUUUUCACGCACUUGUCCGCGGUGUCCGAGGGAUUGGGCGCGUUCGGGUGGGUGUCCGUCGAACCUGCACCCGCGCCGUUCGUGCAUGAGAUGAUUGGGGCGAGCGAGUUUUACUCGAACAAGCUGUUGAGGCAGUACAGGAACAAGGACCAGGACCAGGUGGACUGGGUGCAGGGACUGAACGGGUUUCUCAAGGCGCUUGAGGCGUACGUCAAGACCUAUCACACGACGUCCCUCACGUGGAACGCGCAGGGAGAGGACGUGAAGACAGUGUUGUCGAAGCUCAAGAUGUCUUGUCCGUCAUCUCAGGGCGAAGCGACGGACAAGGGCGAGGCGAAGCCCUCCGUCCCCAAGUCGUCGGUGGCCUCGAACACCAAUGCCCUGUUCGGAGAGCUGAACAAGGGAACGGAUAUCACGUCCGGACUGAAGAAGGUGACCAGCGACAUGAAGACGAAGAACAGAAAGGCGUCCGCGUCCGAUAACUUACCUAAGCCCAAGUCCACUCCCGCCGGCGGAAAGGCUCCUUCUAUGAAGAGCCCGCCGAAAUUCGAGCUCCAAAACAACAACUGGAUCAUCGAGUAUCAAACCGGCGACGCGAAGAUUGACGUGGACAUCACGGAAAUGCGACAGGUCGUCAGACUCUACAAGUGCGACGGUGCGACGGUUCGAAUCAAGGGAAAACUCAACGCGAUCAACAUCGAUUCUUGUCGUCGAACCGACAUCAUCUUCGACGAAGUCGUCUCCAUUGUCGAGCUUAUCAACUGCACCGGGUCCGUGAACAUCCAGGUCUUGGGCAAGGUGCCGUGCAUCACCAUCGACAAGGUCUCCGGGGCCAGCGUGAUCUUGAGCAAGACCUCUCUGGACACGCGAAUCGUGACCUCGAAGUCUGACUCCGUGAACGUCAUGGUUCCCGACAAUGAAAACAGCCUCAAGGAAUUCCCCGUGCCGGAACAGUUCGUCAGCACCAUUCGCGACGGCGCUCUCUUCACCGAGUCUAACACUCACAUUGGCGAAUAAGCGGGGAGGGAAGGUGAACAAAAUAAAAACACACUUGUAAUUUCA